AUGCAGUCGCCCCUGCUCACCUUCCUGCGCCGGCUCGAGGCCCAGAACAUCUGGCGCGUGACUUACAAUGCCCUGCCCCAGCAGCAGUACAGCUCCACGGCUGACGCGCUGAAGCUGCUGGUGGCGCGCAUCCAGGCCUCCGGGCCGGUGAAGCAGCACCACCUGCAGGAGCUGUAUCAGCGCUGCCGCACCGGAGACGAGCUGGACCGUGCCCUGAAGCUGACGCGGCUCAACUACUUGGCACGUGGCGCGCUGGAGCAGCACGCGCCCUUCUCCCACCGCACCUCCAAGGCCCUGGUGUCCCAGGCCAUGCAGCUGGGCGUGCCCGAGGUGGCGGCACGUGCGCUGGAGCACUCAGCCGAGUUCGGCCUGCCCGCUGACUCGGCCAAGGAGGCCACCCCCCUGCUCAUCUACUACUCCAAGCAGGGCGACCUGCUGGCCAUGUUCGAGCUGUAUGAGGUGAUGAAGCGGCGGGGGCGCCAUCCUGGCCCCGAUGUCUGCUAUGUCCUGGUCAAGGGCUGCGUGGACUGGGGCAGGCCCGACCUGGCGCGCACCGUGGUGCAGGAGUUCCGGGAUGCGGGCGUACGCAUCCGGGAGGGCACCCUGGCCUACAUGGAGCGCCGGCCCACCAUGGGCCUGGAGGCGGCGCUGCCCAGCACCGCAGACUGGUGCCCCGUGCACACUAGCCCCCCCGUGCACACUAGCCCCACUCGCUGUGGCGGCGCGGCCAGCCCUUUUGGUAGUGUCGCUAGCCCCUGGAAGACCAGGUAA